GUGUGUAAGUGAUGUGAGUCCAUCAGAAGACAGGGCAAGAUGUUUUACAUAUAUUAUGAUGAUAUAUAAAAAGGUGUGAAGCAAAGUAAACUGAAAAUGAAUAGGUACAAAGGCUUAAUAAGCAUUGAACCGCGAAGUAAAACAAUGCAUCAUCCAAAGGAGCAGAUUUUAAACUGCUUGACAUACGCACUUUUGGCAAUUGUCGCAAUCUGUGCAGUUGUGCUGCUAUGUGACAUAUCUAGCCAUCGAGAUCGAUUCUUCUACUCCAAAAAUGAUCCAGUGGUACUUGAUUUAUCCAUAUCGCAUGCCCAGGAGGUGCUUCUGCGCCCGGACCCGGAAUAUCGUGGCCGGAAUGUAAACUGCACGUUCUGGGAUUGCCUAAACAUUUAUAAAUGCGAGCAUGACACCCUCAAGGUAUACAUUUACCCAUUGCAAGAAUUUGUGGAUGAAAAAAGCGACAAGGUGGCCAACACAUUGUCAAGCGAAUAUUUUCAAAUAUUAGAGACAGUGCUAAAAAGUCGCUAUUACACCUCAAACCCAAAUGAGGCCUGCCUCUUCCUACCCAGCUUGGAUUUAUUAAACCAGGACAUGUUUGACAAGAAUUUAGCUGGUCCGGCUCUGGCAUCGCUUAACUUUUGGGAUCGUGGUGAAAAUCACUUAAUUUUUAACAUGCUACCGGGCAGCGCACCCGCCUAUAAUACAAUAUUGGAUGUCAACAUCGACAAUGCGAUUGUUUUGGGUGGCGGCUUUGAUAGUUGGACAUAUCGUCCCGGAUUUGACGUGUCUAUACCGGUUUGGAGUCCGUUGGUGCAUCAAACAAACUCAAUCCAUAACGGAGCCCACCGAAAAUAUUUACUAAUUGCAGCUCAGUUAAAUCUUUUGCCGCAGUAUGCGCGAACUCUUUCGGAUCUGAUGUCGACGGCAAAUAAUGCUGAGCAAAUGCUUCUACUUGGACCUUGUGACAACAAUCAGCUGACAUCUCGCUGCACUUUAGCGCAGCAUCAGAAGCGGUGGGAAUACCCACGUGUACUUGGACGAGGCAAAUUCUGCUUUAUUGGCCGCAGUCUGCGGGUUGGUCAGCCCGAUUUGAUUGAGAUAAUGUCCCACAGCUGCAUUCCUGUGAUAGCGAUUGACAACUAUGUGCUACCUUUCGAGGACGUGAUUGACUGGUCUUUGGCAGCUGUUCGUGUUCGGGAAUCUGAGCUGCAUUCGUUUAUUCGCAAAUUGGAGUCAAUUUCCAAUGUAAAAGUUGUCGAAAUGCAAAAGCAAGUUCAAUGGCUGUACAGCAACUAUUUCAAGGACUUAAAGAGCAUUACAAUUACUGCGAUGGAAAUACUUGAAAGCCGAAUAUUUCCUCUGCUAGCUCGCAGUAGUCGACAAUGGAAUUUGGUUAGGCAAAAUAGCCAUUCAACCUUUAAUCCGCUAUUUCUUACAUCGCUUGCCCCAAAGUCUCAAGGGUUUACAGCUGUUAUUUUGACCUAUGAUAGAGUCGAGAGUCUAUUCCUCCUUAUUCAGAAGCUUGCAGUUGUGCCAUCACUUCAAAGUAUUUUGGUUAUUUGGAACAAUCAAAAAAAGAUGCCACCGCAUUUAUCUACCUUCCCAACAAUAUCGAAGCCGUUGAAGAUAAUACAAACUCGGGAGAAUAAGCUUUCGAAUAGAUUUUAUCCUUAUCCUGAAAUCGAAACUGAAGCAAUUCUAACUAUAGACGACGACAUCAUAAUGUUAACCAGUGAUGAGCUUGAUUUUGGAUACGAAGUGUGGCGCGAAUUUCCUGACCAUAUUGUUGGAUUUCCCAGUCGCAUUCACAUAUGGGAUAAUGCAACAAUGCGAUGGCACUACGAAUCUGAAUGGACGAAUCAAAUAUCAAUGGUACUUACUGGCGCAGCAUUUCAUCACAAAUACUGGAGCCACAUGUACACGUAUGCAAUGCCAGGCGAUAUAAAACACUGGGUGGAUGACCACAUGAACUGUGAAGACAUCGCAAUGAACUUUCUUGUUGCAAACAUUACAAACAAUCCGCCCAUCAAAGUAACUCCACGAAAAAAGUUUAAGUGCCCUGAGUGCACAAAUACCGAAAUGUUGUCAGCCGACUUGAAUCAUAUGCGUGAGCGUUCUGCUUGCAUUGAUCGAUUCUCAAAGAUCUAUGGACGAAUGCCUCUUCGCACGGUUGAGUUCAGAGCUGACCCCGUUCUCUUUAGAGAUAACUUCCCAGAUAAGUUAAAACGAUACAACGAUAUUGGAAGCUUGUAAGCCGCUAUCAUGCAAACAUAUUUAUAUAUGGACAUUAUUUGUAGACGAAAUAGCUAAAGACUUAUCCAAAUAUGAUAUAUAAAUAUUAACUUCUUUCUCUACGUUAUCGAGUGCAUUUUAAAUGGUUUGUUCGCCGAGACGUUUGCAUUGAUCGCAAUCGAUAGAGCGCCGAGACAUUCAUGUAACUUGCACCCAAUGGAAGCGACAAAUGUAGGUAAAAGGCAGAUGGACGCAACUUCGAAUCCAUAAGGAUAUUCAGAUGCAGUUUAUUGCCUGUCCGGUCAUACCUGUCUGUGCGAAUACGUCGAUGUUAAAGACUAAUGGCUAGAGACAAUAUAUUGAAUAAAUUCUCGCUUAUGCAGAAUAAA